GCGGCGCCAGCUGAGGUGUGAGCAGCUGCCGAAGUACGUAGUUCAGACACUCCGAGCUGGGCGCGGAUUCACGGAGACGCCGAGACCCUCAGAGGAGGUGAGGGAGCCAUGGCAGCUGCAGCCACCAUGUCGGAGCCAUCCAGGGAUGCCCAUCAGAUCCCACGCAGCAGCAAGGCGUGCCGUCGCCUCUUUGGCCCAGUGGACAGUGAGCAACUGAGCCGGGACUGUGACGCACUGAUGGCCAGCUGUGUGCAGGAGGCCCGGGAUCGAUGGAACUUCGACUUUGUCACCGAGACACCGCUGGAGGGUGACUUUGCCUGGGAGCGUGUGCGGGGCCUUGGCCUGCCCAAGCUCUACCUGCCUGCAGGGCCCCGGGGGGCCUGGGAUGACCUGGGAGGGGGCAAGCGGCCCAGCACCUCGCCUGCCCUGCUGCAGGGGACAUCUCAGGAGGACCACGUGGACCUGUCACUGUCUUGCACCCUUGUGCCUCGCUCCCCUGAGCGGCCUGAGGAGUCCCCAGGUGGGCCUGGCACCUCUCAGGGCCGAAAACGGCGGCAGACCAGCAUGACAGAUUUCUAUCACUCCAAACGCCGGCUGAUCUUCUCCAAGAGGAAGCCCUAACCUGGCCACUGGAAGCUUUGUCAUCCUGGAAGCGAGAGGCCCACCACAGGCCUCUUCUGCAUCUUUUGCUUUAGUUCUUUAGUUUGUUUGUCUUAAUUAUUAUUUGUGUUUUAAUUUAAACUCCUCCUCAUGUAUAUACCUACCUGCCACCACCCUCCCCAUGCCCCCAGCCUCUGACUUUAGAAUUAUUUAAAAUAAUUAGAUAGCAGAAAAAUAGGCUUAUUAGAGUGCUAAGUGUUUUUAUUAUGCAGACUAUUAUUUAAGCCCCCGUCAUCCUAUGCUCUCCAUUUCCGUUCUCCCUGAGAUAAGGUGAGGCUGGCAUGUCCACCCCUGAUGGGUGGUACUCUCUGGAGGAGCCUGGCUCCUUCCACUCACCAUCUUAUGGGUGUUAAAAAAUUCUGCCUCUUUCCUGUAUUCUCAGAUCUGAAUUCCUUAUAAUUUGAGAAGUAAACAGCACUUUGAAGAGGGCUCAGCAGAGUCAGGCCAUCAUCAAAACUUUGGGAUCCCCUGGCCUCCUCUAAGGCUGGGCAGGGUGACCUUGAAGCGGGCACAGCCUGGAACUGGGCUGGGGAUUUGAUACCCUCCUGACCCUUGAUACUCCCUCUGUCCCAUGAAGGUGUGGGGAAGGUAGGGUCCUGUAGCAAGCCACCCCACUUCCUCUUACCCCUCUUCCGCCCACAGGGGAGCCAGCCUCAAUAUUUGGCUUCCCCUGCACUUUUCUAGGAGCCCCAGACCCCUCUUUUCCAGCUGGGCUCUCAGUCCCUCUCUGCUCCUCUCCCCUCCCCCAUGUCCUUUCCCUUUAGUACCUUCUCAGCCCUGGGUGGCAGCUCUGGGGUGCUUGUCCCCAAACUCAGUGGACUGGGAAGGGAAGGGGCAUGCUAGAAGUAAGGUUUCCCACUUCUACCUCAGGCAGCUCAAGCAAUGACCACCCCUCUUCUUAGAUCUCGGGGUAAGUGGUCAGACCAGCCUCCUUGAAAGGAGAUCUCCCUGUGUUGGGGGUUUGUGGGUGAGGAGCAGAUUUUUCCAGGAGGGAGAGUGUGGCACCAGUCCCUGGAACUCAUCCAAGGACCUUCCCCAUCUGCCCCCCGCUCCCCUGUUUGAUUGCACUUUGAAUAGCAGCUGAACAAGGAGUCAGGUGUUUUAAGAUGGCAGGAGUAAGGCUGUGGAUAGGGCAUGCUAAGUGGGCUGAUAUGGACCUGGGAGUUGUGAGUUGUCUCUCCUGGCACUGACCGUUGAGCCCCUGCAGGCACCGAAGUACUUGGUGGCUCUGACCCCAAACACCUUCCAGCUCCUGUAACAUCCUGGCCUGGACUGUUUUCUCCUGGCUCCCAUAUGUCCUGGUUCUUCUGUCUCCACCUAGACUGUAAAGCUCUCAAGGGCAGGGAAUAAGUCCUGUACUGCUCUGUGUCCUUCACAGCUCCUCCCACAGUGCUGGGUAUACAGCAGGUGCUCAAUAAAUAUUUCUGGUGACUUUACUUGUAA